GUCAAGCACACAACAGAAGUAAAUUUAGAGAAUGAGAACGGGCAGGCUUACUUCUUUGGUGUUGACCGCUAUUGUUGGUCUUCUAGGCCUGAUAGGCGCCACUCAAGCUCAGUUACAGCUUGGUUUCUAUGCCAAAAGCUGCCCAAACGCUGAGAAGAUUGUGCUGGAUUUCGUUCAUCAGCAUAUCCAUAAUGCCCCUUCAUUGGCAGCAACUUUCAUAAGAAUGCACUUCCAUGAUUGCUUUGUUAGGGGUUGUGAUGGGUCUGUGCUUAUAAACUCCACUUCAAAUAACCAAGCUGAGAAGGAUUCUCCUCCAAAUCAAACACUAAGAGGGUUUGACUUCAUUGAUAGAGUUAAAAGCUUACUUGAAGCUGAAUGCCCUGGAGUGGUCUCUUGCGCAGAUGUUCUUUCCUUGGUUACUAGAGAUUCCAUUGUAGCCACUGGAGGUCCUUACUGGGAAGUUCCGACUGGCCGGAGGGAUGGAGUGAUCUCAAGGUCAUCAGAAGCCCUGGCUAACAUUCCUCCUCCUUUUGGAAACCUUUCAACACUCCAAAGACUGUUCGAAGACCAAGGCCUUGAUCUGAAAGACUUGGUAUUACUAUCUGGCGCUCACACAAUCGGCAUAGCACACUGCUCAUCAUUCAGAAACCGACUGUACAAUUUCACCGGCGUAGGAGACCAAGAUCCCUCUCUGGAUCCAAGAUACGCCGCUAACCUGAAGGCCAACAAAUGCAAAACUCCGACCGACAACAGCAAGGUGGAGAUGGACCCUGGAAGCCGCAACACUUUCGAUCUUAGCUACUACUCUCUUCUUCUCAAAAGAAGAGGGCUUUUCGAAUCCGAUUCUGCUCUCACUAAAGGCGCAACUACAUUGGGCCUAGUUCAGAAACUUGUUCAAGGACCCAUUGAAGAGUUCUUCUCUGAAUUUGCAGCAUCCAUUGAAAAAAUGGGGCGGAUUAAAGUGAAGACUGGAACUGAGGGUGAAAUCAGAAGGAGAUGCGCCGUCGUGAAUGGUUGAUAGAUUCCAAAUUACAGUUCAUGAUUUCUUGCAACCUUUGAUUUUGUGUUCUUCCAUGUGCUUAGUUGGGAAUUUUUCCUUUUUUCUUGGGGAGAUUUGUGGCUUCAAUAAUUGUAAUUCCAUUGCAAUGUUCUUUCUUUCUU